AUGCCCGCGUCUUUGCAGAAAACGGCGAACUCAAGCACGUGCUCCGGCGAAAAAUGCAAUGGCUCUGCCGUUUCAGAGUUUCCGGCCGGUUUAAGAGUUCUCGUCGUUGAUGAUGACGUCACUACCUUGAAGAUUAUCGAGCGAAUGUCUCUUCGCUGCCAUUAUCGCGUCACAACAUGCUCUGAGGCUACAGUUGCUUUGAAAAUUCUGCGGGAGAGGAAAGGUUGUUUUGAUGUUGUGCUGAGUGAUGUUCAUAUGCCAGACAUGGAUGGCUAUAAACUCCUUGAACAUGUUGGGUUGGAAAUGGACCUUCCUGUUAUUAUGAUGUCUGUUGAUGAUAGGACAAGUACUGUCAUGAAGGGAAUUAGACAUGGGGCUUGUGAUUAUUUUAUUAAGCCUGUACGGUUGGAAGAACUAAGGAAUAUAUGGCAGCAUGUCGCAAGGAAAUUUUUGAAUGAAAACAAGGAAUAUGAUUAUUCUGGCAGCAUAGAAGAUAAUGACCGCAACGCACGAGGGAACAAUGAUAAUGAUAAUACUUCUUCUGUUUCUGGUAUAACAAAAGGAAUAGUUAAAGAGCAAAAAAAGAGGAGCAAUUUAAAGUACGAAGAUGUUGAAUUGGAGAAUGAUGAUCCAUCUACAUCUAAGAAGGCUCGUGUAGUGUGGUCAGUAGAACUGCAUCAACAAUUUGUCAGUGCUGUGAAUCAACUAGGGCUUGACAAGGCUGUGCCAAAGAGAAUACUUGAAUUGAUGAAUGUCACUGGUUUGACGAGAGAAAAUGUUGCGAGCCAUUUGCAGUGCCUGACUGUAGUUGACAAUACCAUUGUGAAUUGCAAUAUCAAUUGGCAGAAAUUUAGACUUUAUUUGAAACGAUUAAGUGGAGUGGCACAGCAACAAAAUGGGAUGCCAAACAGAGUUCCUGGGACUAUAGAAUCCAAGCUAGCUGCUACUGGAAGAUACGACAUAGAAACUUUGGUUGCUUCUGGCCAUGUUUCCCCUGAAACACUUACAGCCCUUCAUGCUGAGCUCUUAGGUCACCCGGUAACUAACAUAAUGCCUACACUGGACCAGACUGCACUAGUACAUGCAUCUGUUCACGGGCCAAAACAAUCUCGUGCUGAUGAUCCUACUGAAGCAUAUGGUUCGCCUCAUGUAAACUUCCCUUCCAACAGUGUCACUAAUUUCCCUCAGUCCGUCUUUAAAGUAGAUGAUUCAUCAUCAGGAUAUGGAGCAUGGCUGCCAUCUAAUACACUUGGUUCAGUCUCAAGGGGGAGGUUAGGCAUUCUGAAUAAUAACAUGGUGAUUGAUAUAUUGCAGCACCAACAAAAGCAUCGACAUCAGCAAAAACAACAGCAUUUUCCGAUUCAUGAUCAAAAUCGAUCAAUCAAUGUGCAACCAUCUUGCAGGGUGGUUCCUGCUCAAUCUUCUGACACUUUCCAGGCAGUAAAUAGUGUUGCUUCUGUCAACAAGGCUUGUAGUUUUGACAGAAAUGCCAUCAUAGAUUAUAGUCAAUCAUCAGAAAAAUCAAAUAAUUCAUCGAGUACAUCUCAAUAUCCUGGCGGAAACACCAAAGCUACCUCCAUUUCUCCUCUAAUGUCCUCUUUUUCAGUAGGCUCCAGCAAUAGCAAUAUUCAGCAGAUUCAGAACUCAACUUCAACAUCUGGUGCUACAAGACCUUUGUCUAGCCAUCUGCCCAUGGCGUUCAGACAAGUUCCAUAUGAUAUUAAAUCCAGUGAUUCACUUGAUCAAUCAUGUCUUAGAAAUCUUGGAUUUGUUGGCAAAGCUAACUGCAUACCAAGUUUUGAAAAUAAAAUUGAGUCAUCUGCAAGUGAUUUUAGUCAUAGGAAAGUAUUUGUGGCUAGCAAUGGUAACACGGUGAAGGAGGAGCCAGAUUUGAUCAGAUAUCCAAAUGUGGGCCACCUAGCUCUACAGAAUUAUCCGUCUCAUGACCAUUCAAGUGCAUUCACAUAA